GAGGAAAAAUUUUCCAUUCAGCUUUUGCCCAAAGCUUUGUUUUUGUAAAGUGACAGCCACAAUUUCCCCGGUCUCAUCUCUCUGGGAAUAUCGAGCGCUUGUUUCCCGAGAAAAAUCCCGAAGACGUUGGAAACCAAAGCCAGGAAGAAAAUGCAAGUCGUUGGUUCAUCGGCGGGUAGCCAUGGCGGAUUGAGCUUCAAUCCCUUCCAUUCUCUCGCCGAUUCGUCCUCCAAGUUCCUUCCUCCUCAUUCUCCGUCACUUCUCCCCCAGAGAUGCCAUUCAUUUUGUGCUCCAAAGCUUGGAGCUGCAUUUGACAAUGGCAGAGGAAGAGGCGUCACUGUCAGAGCAUCGGGAGAAUCCAACGAGAACUCGGAUCUGAUUGCUCCACUUGAGCUGGAAUCUCCGGUCGGGCAGCUCUUGGUGCAGAUUCUUAGGACUCAUCCUCAUUUGUUACCCAUCACUGUCGAUCAACAGCUCGAGAAUCUUGCCAAUGAGAAGGAAGCUCGGGGAAAUGAAUUGCCUUCAUCUCAGGACCCUCUUUACAAGAGAAUAGCUGAAGUUAAAGAGAAGGAAAGACGGAAAACUUUGGAGGAAAUCCUUUACUGUUUGGUUGUACAAAGAUUCGCGGAAAACGAAAUCUCGAUGAUCCCUCAGAUAAAACAGACUUCAGACCCAGCAGGACGAGUCGACUUCUGGCCAAAUCAAGAACAGAAGCUCGAAGCAGUUCACUCAGCCGAAGCAUUCGAAAUGAUACAGAGCCACUUGACGUUGGUUCUUGGAGACCGAAUGGUCGGACCCUUGAAUUCCAUAGUUCAAAUCAGCAAAAUCAAGCUCGGGAAACUGUACGCUGCAUCCGUGAUGUACGGAUACUUCCUCAGAAGAGUUGAUCAGAGGUACCAACUCGAGAGAAAAAUGAACACUCUCCCAUCAAAGCGUCAAGAAAAAACUCGUGAACGAUAUGAAGAACCAUCACCUCCAUACCCGUUAUGGGAUCCGGAUUCCUUAAUCCGAAUCCAACCCGAGGAUUAUGACCCGGACGAGUACGCAAUGGACAGAGAAGCAGAAGAAGAAGGAGAAAGUUCAUACAGAUUGAGAUCUUAUGUGAUGUACUUAGACCCAGAGACACUUCAGAGGUACGCGACGAUAAGAUCGAAAGAAGCAAUGUCUCUGAUCGAGAGGCAGACGCAGGCGCUUUUCGGGAGACCCGACAUUCGGAUUCUAGAGGACGGGAAGCUCAAUACGUCGAACGAUGAGGUACUUUCUCUGACUUUCUCUGGGCUUGCGAUGCUUGUUUUGGAAGCCGUUGCUUUCGGGUCGUUUCUAUGGGACGCCGAGAGCUAUGUUGAGUCCAAGUACCAUUUUCUCAAGGCUUGAAAAUUCAUCUCUCUCUUCUCUCUAUCUCUAUAUGUUCCGUGUCUUGCAAGUAAUGUAAAGAAGAAGAAACUGUGGUUUGAGCAGUUGGCAAUGUUCGGGCUUAAAGGUGUAGUUAGUAUAUUUCUUGUGAGGUCAAAUGAAAUCUGUGUAUUUUUUUUUA